GGCGCGACAGUUCUGCUCCGGCCACCGGCGGUGGAUUGUCGCGGGAGCCUCGGCGCGAGAGGACCAACCCUACAAGGGAGGGUAGCAGCAGGGGGUGGAGGGAGGAGGGUGGAAAAGGCGCGCGUUCUCUCUCUCUCUCUCUCUCUCUCUCGUUCUCGCGCCCGUAACCUUCUCGUCUCGCGGCCUCCGGUUGUCCUCGUUGCGACCAAAACGUGUUUCCGCGCGCGAAGAGGUGGUAGUGGUGCUGCUGCUGCUGCUGCUGCUAAACAGGGGUGGUGGUGGUGGUGGUGGACGGCGCCGAAGGACGAGAGAAGGGGACAAGGCCGGAACGCGGCUCGGAACGACCGGACCAGGGGAUCAAUCGGCGACGGCAUGAGGAAACGCCUCGAGGCGCGCACGACUGCUGCUCUGCUGUUGCUACCGUUGCUGCUACCGUGUCAUCCCUGACGGGGCCGGAAGGGUUGUCGCGACUUACGGGAGAAGGAAAGCGAUGAGUUCGAACGCUGACAGUUGUCGUCUUCGGGAGCCGAGGAAGGUUUAAGCGCGUCUCGUGUCGAAAACACGGAUCAAGAGGGUUCUUAAGGGAAUUCUCUUAAGGGAGAAAAUUCACGCGAGGCGUGUUGCAUAGACAAAUAUAUAUAUAUAUAUUUCAACAAUAAGUAUUUAUGCGCAAGCGAACGAGGAAAGACUGUCGAACCCUGAUGGAAUUAAUGAAUUGUUCCAAUUGUGUAAAGGGAAUUCUCUUAAGGGAGAAAAUUCACGCGAGGCGUGUUGUAUAGACAAAUAUAUAUAUAUAUAUAUUUCAACAAAAAGUAUUUAUGCGCAAGCGAACGAGGAAAGACUGUCGAACCCUGAUGAAAUUAAUGAAUUGUUCCAAGAUAUAGAUAAUCUGGCUGGAGCCAGAGGAAGAGGAGACAUUCUGCGUGGAGAGUCUCGCUUGGAACGCGAAUUCGCGCCCUCGGCACCGUUUCUCGGUAGAGGGGCGGAUUCGCCCUUUCCCUCCACCCUGUAGAGGGGGAGAAAAAGCGCGCCAGGGGUCACCAGGACGGUAACUGGGACACCGCGGGUCGACGCGAUCCUAGUUUCGGGGACUGCGCGUCCCUUAACCUUUGCGGGUGCCGAACACGCGCGUCGAAGUCGAAGUUUAACCCUUUAGGAGAUCACAAGGGAGAAAAGAAGGUCGAAGUCGUUCUCCAGAGACUUCGCGCAAACAUUCGUUAAUACUUAAAUGGUGGUAUCGAUAUAAUUGGGUGAUAUAUAUAUAUAUAUAUAUAUAUAUAUACACACAAUAUCGUACACGGUGAACUCCUCCAUCCCUAUAUAAAACAAAAUAUAUAUUAAUCUCGGAGCAGCGGAAAGGAUCAAAGAGCGAUUUAAGCUGAAACAAAUCGCGUUCCAGCACCGUCCGACACGCCGGAAUAAAUAAUAAAAAAAUAUAUAUAUAUAUAUAUUGUAUUGUAUAAUUCGGAGAGGCAGCCCGAAUUGUUGUCGCUAAGAGUACAGGCAAAAAUAAUUAAUGCGUUCGAUAAUUAAUGAAAAAGAUGCGUACGCACACGCAUAUACGGGUACACACAGACACGCACACACAGACGCGGAUCUCUAUUAUAUUAGAUGUACAUACAUGUUGCAAAUCUAUUUAAAUACAUCAUAGAUGUAUAUAUAAUAUAUUAUAUAUGUGUGUUGAACCUUCAUAGGUCUAAAUCACAACGUUGAAGCGUUACAUAGUAUAUCACGUUACGCGAUUCUCGAUAAUCGAAUAAUUCGAGACACAAAGAGAGAAAAAGAAAGAGAGAAAGAGAUAAAAUAAGGAUUUUAGAGGAACAACACUCGCGAAGAAAGUUGUUCAAAAUUGUACAACUAAAGAGAAAAAAAGAGACGAGGAAAAGUUAUUUAUGGUUACAAAGCAGUGAGAGUGCAAGAUAGAGAGUGAAAGAGACGAAAAUAAAGUACCGUGAGACUCGAGCGGUCGUCUCUGUUAACCAGGGAACCAAUCGAACCAAUCUUUAUCGAUCGAUCGGACGAUCGAAGAAACUGCCACGAAACAUUUGCCAAUUACGUUAAUUAAAAAAAAAAAAAAAAAAAAAAAUAGAGAAAGAGAGGAAAAAGAAUAAUUUACAAGAUUCUCUCAAACGUCAAUGCGCGCGAAUUCUCGCGCGAGUCCACGGUGCUCAAUUAGGCGUAAUAAGUACAAAGACACGCGGGCCUGCAGAAUUAUUUUUUUCUUCGACCGAGGUGUGUGUGUCAUCCCUCUGAAAACACAUUAGUGAAUAAGCGCAUCGAGUCUGUCCAAAUCAUUCCCCCUAUUCGUGGGGGUAAAAAGAAAUUCCCCCCGAAAGACGAUCCUAAAAUCUACCUCAACAACUGUAUCGGCAAACAAAAUCGAGUCCCGUACACUUUCGAGCACGUAUAACUUAUUCCUUAAAAAAAAAAAAAAAAUCACUCGUCCAACUGAAAGUCCUAGAACUUAAAAAGAAUCCUCCCCUUUCGAAGUCUCCCUAUAUACUUCUCUCGCAUCCUGACUCUACGCGCGGGAUAUUAAAAUCGCAGCUUCGUACAAUUUUCGCGUCGUUCCCUUAUUUUUCUUUCGUGAAAAAACGCCGGAGGAUCUUGAAAUUCCUAAGCGAUGAUCGGAUAAUGCAAGCGGCUGAUCGUCGUUCGAUAUAGAUAGUCGUUCGCGAAAGACAAUCGUAUAUAACACGCACUAUCGAAAAGGUAUCUGUCUUGGUCCUCGGGAUCGAUAUCGGAUGCGGACGAUCGGGCUGUCAAGUCGGCGCACGUUGUGACCGUCGCGAAGCAAGGUGGUGAUAUGCUCCAUCUCACGCGGGUGCGCGCACGGGAUAAUGCUGGCGGCGAGAGAUGAGAUGUUAGACCGCCCGGGAGAGAAAGAGAGAAGAAACAGCUGCACCGCGCCAAGAAAGACGCACAGCCAUGUCAUGGGAGUCUAUCUCGUCCAGGGAUUACCUCGGCGGAUCGGCGAGUCAUCAGCUCUCGGCGACCGCGCUGCUGGGGAGCCCUGAUGGAUCGAGACAUCCACUCGACGUCUGCGAGUUUACCGAAGAGGAUUACCGCCACCAAAAUGGCAAUGGUAGUAAUGGCCAUUACCAAAAUGGCAGAUCGGGCACUGGUAUAUGGGAAUGUCUCAUAGGCUGCAGGAGACGGCUCGAUCAACAAUUAGCCCGAAGGAGGGUGGAACAGGGUUUGAAAUUGUAUCGGGCUCAUAAACAGCAGGCCGCGGUUAGAAAGUGGAGAGGUGCCCUGAAGAGCAUCAGACACCGCGAGGAUAAAUUCGCCCUCCUCGGAUAUCUGUACCAGGCGUACAUGGAUUGGGGCAAAUACAGGGACAGCAUCGAAUUCGGGAACAAGCAAUUAUGCAUCUCGGAGGAGCUGGAUUCACCGAACAUGCGGGCGGAAGCAUAUUUGAACCUGGCCAGGGCACACGAGAGAUUAGGCGCUCUGGACAGAGCGUUAGAUUACGCUCGGCACAGCUUGUAUAACGAGUGCGAUCAGUGCGCCACUGCUGGAUUAGUUCACUUAACCGUAGGCAGAGUCCACUUGGAGUUAGCAGGAUUCUGUAAAGCCCUGGAAGCGUUUCAAAGAGCCCACAAAAUCGCCCACUCCAUUCAAGAUCCCUCUUUAGAGCUUCAGGUGUAUGUCGGCCUGUCGGAACUCUUCUGCAGAUUACAGGAUGCGGACAAGAGUGCGAGAUACGCCGCGAGAGCUUACGAUCUCUCGAGAAGUUUACAACUGGGAGAUCUGAAUUCGCGUCAUCACCGAGCGGCGUUAUUACAAAUGGCCGCGGCGCUUCGAAAAAAGGGAGAAUUAGGCGACGCUCACGAUUACUGCUCGGAAGCUACGCGGUUGUCAUUAGUUUCUGGCGAUCAAGCCAGUUACGCCCGAAGCAUCCGUAUUAUGGGAGACAUUUAUAGAAAGAAAUCUGAUAUAAAUAUGGACAUAUUGCAGAAAGCCUUUCGGCAGUACGAGAGCGCGAUGGGCUCGGCCGCGGCAACCGGAGAUCGGUUGUGCCAGAUGGAGGCGAUGGACGGUGCAGCGAGAUGCCUGGAGGCUCUCAGGCUGCAGCACAAGAUAUGCAACUGCCGGCCCCUCGAGUUCAAUACCAGACUCCUGGAAGUGGCAGGAUCAGUUGGCGCUAAGCUCUUGGUGCGGACAGUCAGGUCCAGACUAUCGCGGAUUUACGGAUCUUUGGGAGAUGAAGAACAAAAAGGACACCACGAGAGAUUAGCUAUCGCGAUGGAGGAAGAUCUGGAGUUGCGAUGUGGAAGCUGUAACGAGCCUUUUGGCCUGGAAGCUGAUUCCCUGGAGGCAUUACCCUGCUCUCACAUAUUACACGCUCGAUGCGCGUACGAUAUUUUGAAGAGACGCGACAAGAAGAAGAAACGUUUAUGUCCCGACUGCCACAAAUCUGUCAGUUCACGGCUGUACCUGCAUUGCGAGGAUCCACACGGCAUGAAUACGUUAAAUCAUAGUUCCUUGAGCCUGGCGUCGUUGAGGGCCAGCAGCCUAGCAACACUUGAGGACUGUCACGCGACGAGUAGCGUUUAAAAUAACACACAGUGGGAUUUCUCGUUUAUUUUAACGCGUUGGUAUCCGCAUGCGAUUAGAGAUAAUUUUAAGGAUCAUAAUUCGGAUGGUAAAAAAAAGUCAACGGAAAGUAGUACGAUGCAAAAAGAUUUAAUGGCAAUAAAAAAGUGCACGCCUCGAUCUA